AUGUCUGCUUCAUCCUUUAUAUUGCUAGGAAUUAGCCCGGUGUCCUUGGCCCCUGUACAGGAGGAUCAAGAGGAUCAAGAGGAUCAGUUGGAUCAAGAUGAACAGCAUGAAGUUGAACCAGAACAUACCAAACCAUCAGUUCGUAAGAAGCGACGAUCCACCCUAAAUAAUGUCACAAGCUUGAAGGCUAUAGAAGAGGAACCAGGACAGUCCACCAGCGGGCCUGGUUGUAGCGUAGACAAAUCUGCGGUUACGACAUCUAAGCGGUUAAACAAAUUCUCCGAUUCCGGAUUUGCAACCCCUGAUCAGGGUUCUUCCCGUCAACUCCGACGACGGACGAUUAUCACGCUGGGAGAGACGGACGGUCUCAUGUUCUUCUCUCCCCUAGCUCCGACAGAGGAGGAGAAGGUAGAACCGCAGAAGAAGGUUGAUAAAAAUACCAAGAAAUAUGGUCUCAAGAAUAAUAGGAAGUCCCGAAGAAUCCGUUAAGAUGAUUGCUCUGUGUUGGCGCUAUGAGAAUAUAAUCAGUAUAUUAAAUAAUCAUUAACCCAUGUUCAUUUAAGCGUCUUAUUUAUUUUAAAAUCUCUGUGACCGAAGUCUAGAUAAUAUGAUUUGAAAUUAUAUUUUCAAACUAAUUUUUUCCAGA